CCCGGCUGCCCGGGUGCGCGGCCCCGGCGGCUCGACCUCCCUGCCCCUCCGCCCCCGAUGAGGUUGUUCAGGCGGCGGCCGCGGUCCCCGGCGUUGGUGCUGCUGCUCCUGCGGCCGCUGCUCGCUUCCUCCGGAGCCUCGGUACCCGGCUCGCAGCCCCGAGCCAUGAACGCGGGCGGCGGCGCGCGGGGCUGCUGUCCCCGCUUGCUGCGCUCCACCGUGCCGGGCUCCGACCCGCAGCGCUGCAACGAGCUGCUGCUGCUGGCGGCCUGGGACGGGGCGGCCCUGGAGCCGCGGCACCACGUCCUCUACUUCCCCGGGGAUGUGCAGAAUUACCAUGAGGUCAUGACUCGUCAUCCUGAGAAUUAUCAGUGGGAAAACUGGAGUCUAGAAAAUACCGCCGCCAUCCUGGCCCGUCGUUUCCCCGACAGCUUCAUCUGGGUGGUCAAGUGCUCGCGGAUGCACCUGCACAAAUUCAGUUGCUAUGACAACUUCGUGAAAAGCAACAUGUUUGGCGCACCUGAGCACGACCCGGACUUCGGAGCCUUUAAGCACCUGUAUAUGUUAUUAGUUAACGCUUUCAGCUUAACUCAGAACGGCUCGCUGUCCAAGACGAGGAGUGUUUGGAAUAAGGACUGUAAAGCAGUUAACUGUGAGUCUAAUCCUUCUACUCCUCGUAAUGGUGGCCACGAGGAGAACGAGAGGACCUGUGGAAGCGCUGACGAGGCCGCUGUGAAUUUCGCUCCACUGUCACUGAAUGGCGCCUCGUUCACUUUGGUUGGAUUCAGUAAAGGCUGCGUAGUUUUGAAUCAGUUGCUGUUUGAGUUGAAGGAAGCCAAGAAAGACAAGAACAUAGACACUUUCAUCAAAAGUAUAAGAACAAUGUAUUGGCUGGAUGGUGGUCAUUCUGGGGGAAGCGACACUUGGGUCACAUACCCAGAAGUCUUGAAGGAAUUUGCUCAAACAGGGAUUACUGUCCACACCCAUGUGACACCGUAUCAGGUACAGGAUCCAAUGAGGUCCUGGAUUGGCAAGGAGCACAGGAAAUUUGUUCAGAUCCUUGGGGAUUUGGGCGUGCAGGUGACUAGCCAAAUUCAUUUCGCAAAGGAAACUCCCUCCAUAGAGAAUCACUUCAGGGUUCAUGAAGUGUUCUGAGACCUAGCAUGCUUCCUCAGCGGGAAAACUGCGUCCUUGGUCAUGAUUACAGAUGACGCAAUGUCAGGGUAGUUAGACGCUUUGUCAGCGCAUGGGCUAAGAAGAUGCACAUUCCAGAACUCUUGAGUGUCAUACACAGUAGGACUCCUUGCUUGUACAUGUGGGCAGCUUUAACUUUGGAUUGGAUCAGAAUUAAUUUGAAGUCCAGAAGGGUCGUGUGUGAUAAUUGUAUGUCCUUUGAAAAUGGGAGAAACUUGGUGUUGGUCUUUAAAGGUGCCCGUGUUUGUGUUGAGAACAGCUGAUCUUUAAAGGUGACCGUGUUUGUGUUGAGAACAGCUGAUCUUUAAAGGUGACCGUGUUUGUGUUGAGAACAGCUGAUCUUUUGCGACCUCUUCCCCACUAACAUUGGCAAUAACAGCAGUUCAGCUGUUGACCACAGACAUUUCAUUCUUUCUCUGUCCAAGGGUCCUGGGGAAGACUUGCACCCUACAUCCUCCCUCCCGGGAAAGUUUUGUGAGCCCCUGAACUCAUUCUCAGUUCUCCCAAGUGUUUGGUUUUUUUUGUUUUUGUUUUUUGUUUUCUAAAGUUAAAAUAUAUUUAUUCCUGCAUAUCCAAGAUCAUAGAGUUGUACAGUUGGUUUUUAAAACAUAGUAGACUAAGCACUGUAACUUAAUUCUUAAUUGACAGUUUUUAAUUAUGUUAGUUUGCUGUCAUAAGGAGACAGAUUCCACAGACCUAAAUCAGUGUUUCUUCAGAAGCAUGGUUUUGUCUGCCAAGAGAAAAUAGCUUUCUUUGGCCAAAUGUAAAAUUACAUUGAGAUAAGAAAGGUUACAAAGGAAAGUUUGAAGACACAAAUAAUUUAAAUUUUGGCCCAGAAACUGAAUUUGCUUAACACUGCUGCAUAAUUUGGGUGACGCUUCCUUCUGCCCAUUUUUCUUUACUAGAUAAAUGCAUUUUGGAAAAAAAAAAACCAAAAUCUAACGAAUUUCAAGUAAUACUGGAACAAAGCUGUGUGACUAUUGAAAGUGGCACUUUUUAUUUAUGAAUAAAUUUGGUUUUUUCAUGACCUCUAAAGUUUUAGCCAAAUAGGGAAAUAACACGCUGUUUUGGGAUGGAAAAGAAAAUGUAUUCUAAAGCGCAGUGUUAAUAUACAACAUGUCAAUUUCUCGAUCUCUCCCAGAAUUACAAUCACUCUAUAUUUCCAGUAUUCACUCACGCCAGAUGUUUGAAAUGAAUGUAGUUCUGUCGACUACAGAUGAGUAGCUGUCUAUUGUUUCACUUUGAAUAUCUUUUGAUAUAGCACUUCCCAUAGUAGACCAAGUCACCUGGUUCUACCUUAUUGUGCAUUUCCUUAACUUAGAGCCCUAUGAUUGGGUGACUACAUUCAACUUGUUUAACCAUCAUCAAAGGUGCCACUCACUGUAGAACAGCUGAGUUCGAAUGGUCAUAUGGAGGGAAGGCUUGUCUCGGUCCUUCAGUCUCCACUCAUGGGAGUAUUCUGUUGUUGCGGUAAGUGGACAUUGAUCCGAGGGACACCUAAAACUGCCAUGGCCUCUGGAGACGGUGUUGAGUAACACGAGUGCUUUGGAGUGGAAAUGGUUGUUUGUCCCCACACGGGCAUUUCUGUGUAAAACUACAAAUUCGUCCUCUUCCACAUCUGUUUCAACACUGUAUGCGUUAAAUCUGUUACUGUCAACGUGGGUCCUACUUGACUGUGCCUUUGUAAAGUCACCGAGAGAAGCGGUCCUAGAGAUGUGAACUUUGUUCCCACCACAGCAUGGAUGUAAACCUGUAUUAAAAAUGGUAACCCACAGAAAGGUCGUUUGGAUGUGUUUGUCCACCUUGCUACUGUGUCUGCUUCGACUUUCCUGUCUUUUCCAGGCAAACAGCUGUCCUUCCACUGAGUACACCCGUCAGCUGCUCCGUAACUGUCCGUAGGACACUAGAGGAACUCCUAAAACCUCUCCCUUUUCUUUGCUGCUCAUCUUAGCUAUCUAUGCUCCUUUAUCCCCAUAAAAGACUGUUAGAAUAUAGUGUGGUUCACUUCAUUUCUGCAGUAUCCAAGCACCCGCCUAGUCUAAGGAGAAUCUAAGCCACAAGGAUCUAACAAGUCCCAACAACAUGUUAGCGGUGAGACAACACAACAGACCAACAUUUAGGAAGGAACAUCUUAUACAAAGUAUCCCGUUUGAAGUCCUCUUAGAGGAAGGUGAAUUAAGAAACAAGGGGUAAUGAUCUCAUGGGUGACUCACACUGCUGUAACUGAAGUGGACUUUGCAGUUCUCAGUGAUGGAGACAGUGUCUCCUGGAUGUUUCCAGUGAUGACUUCCGCGUUUGAAGCAAGGUUAACACCAGAGUGCCAGCCUGUAAUUCCUCUUGACCCACCUGUCAACCAACACCGGAGGAAGGAGUCACCACAGCCCACCUUUCACCUCCCCGAACGACCUACCCUACUCCACACCUAAGAUUUAACGUCAGCUUUUUGUAGGUAAGUAGAUGUUCACAUAACUGCUAUAAAAGGGUAAAAGAAACCUAGCCUUGUGGACUGUCUCUUGGUAUUUCAUGUAUUUUGAAAUUAUGGAAUACCUGCUCUUAAUGUCCUAGGCCAAGACAAAUACUGAGUCAUGCAAAGCUAACAGUGUUUUGAAAUGUCUUUGAACACGACGUACCAAGUCACAGGUGUGUCUCCCACGGCCACUCGGCCUCAUCUCAGCAGCUGCUGUCACUAGGUUGGCUGUGUACCUAGCAGAGCUAAUUCUAUGUAAAUGUUUACAGAGCACACGCAGUACA